AUGUCGACGGCAAGGUCCAUUGCAUCGUCCUCGGGCUCCUCGAGCAUGAGGACGGCUGAGCGGAAGCUCAAUGCUCCUCCGAAAUUCGUCACCGAGGCACAACAGACCUUGUUGUACUUUCGGGCCGUGGAUGCCGAUGAUCCCGAGUCCAUCCUCGGCGACAUCUACGCCAAACAGCUCAUCAACAAGAUCCCGCUCGACAUUGUCGACACCAUGGGUAAUGACCUUCGCUAUGUCAAGUUCUGGUGUCUGCGUGCCAAAAAGAUUGACUGGUGGGUUACAAACUUUAUCACCGAGAACCCCGUGUGUACCGUGGUGAACCUGAGCUGUGGUUUGGACACGAGAAACCAGCGACUCCAGCCUCCGGCAAGCGUCCGGUGGUUCGACGUAGAUCAUCCCGAGGUCAUGGAGUUUAGGCGGCGGGUCAUUUCAUACCCCAGUGGCGACUACCGAACGACAGCCGUGGAUAUCUCCGACGACGACACGUCGUGGAUCUAUGCAUUUCCCAAGGACCGCCCGACGCUCGUCGUGGCCGAGAGCAACAUGUUUUACCUCAAGCCCGAGAUUGCCAAGGGCAUCUUUUACACCAUUGCGGACCACUUCACGCAGGGACAGAUUGCCUUUGACGUGCUCGGGUCCAUGUGCGCCACUCUCAUCAACAUGAAAAUGGCCAAGGCGCAGAAGAACACGGGUAUGAAGAUACUCUGGCCCGUCGACGAUCCGCGUUCCGUCGUCAAGAUUCACCCCAAAUUGAGGGUUGUUGACGAGAUGAGAUACUCUGACGACAUGCCACCAUGGUUUGGCGAGUUCAAGACGAAACUGCUCAAGCUGCUCCCGGCCUAUCGCAACCUCGGCAGAGUCAUCCUGCUGAGUGUCUCGGACGAGAAUCCUGAUAUGCAGGAGAGACCAUCGACAGCGUAUCUCGGCGACUCGUCAUCGUCGUACACUACCUCGAGUGGCCGAGGCUUUUCUUCCAUGAGUCUUAGCAGAUCAUCGACCUUUACAAACAUGACUGAGCCUCACUAG